AGCCUGUCGCUGAUCAUCGUCUGCAUCUCGCAUCGACCGGCCGCUGGACCGCCCUCCCCCAGCCAUCUCCAGCCAUCCAGCCAUGUGCUACUGCGGCGGCGAGUCGCUCAGGGACGACGAGCUCAAAUGCGGCACAUGCGGCCAGCUCUUCCAUAAUCACUGCGUGCAAUGUCUUCCUGGUCGUCAGCAACUCCGCGGAGAUUGCUUCUACCAAUUCAGGUGUCGCGCAUGUACAGGCGGAUUGGAAGAAUAUGAGCGACUGAAUAUGAGCUGGGUCCAGAUCGUCUGGCUCAGUAUAUACAACAUCGUCCAGUCCUCUCCCGGGAAAGAGUUUGUGCGUUGGAAAGAGGAUAUUUGCGACUUUAUCGACCGAAACUGGGAUUAUAUGCUGUCAGGCAAAACGAGAACGCCAACUUGGCAGAAUACAGUUGCAAGCGUUUUGUCAACCCAUCCAACACACUUCCUCUCCGGCUUUGAUAAAUACGCACAGUCAGGAUGGUGGACACUUCAACACAUGACGCCCCCGCAACCCGGAACAAACAGAGCACCCAAACGCUCCAAAGGAAUCACGCCGGUCCGCUCAUCCGGAGGAAAGGCGACUUCUAAAAGGUCCCAAAGAACGCAGGCGGAUCAACUCAAGGAGACAAGCAAAUCUUCGGAUGACGACUGGGAAGCCUCACCAAAGCGGCCUCGUCAGAAGCGUCCUGUCCCCGUAUCGUCUUCUUCAAGCUCCUCGGAUGACGAACCUGUGCCAGUUUCAAAGCAAGAUGGCGUUGAUCCAAACCAGAACUCAAAACUCGAAGCCAAAAUCGAUGGGAUUGUGGAUGCUAAGAUUAGUUCCAGGUCGCCUCUCCAAAGUUCAGAAGACGUACAAGCCGAGGCCCUGCGGAAACUUGGAUGUAUAGAGAGGGACUCGCUAGUGAUCGAAGCACCCGGCUGCUCGAUACACAAUCAAACGCCAUCUAUUCAUGCUGCGGAUACCUUGCGUUCUGGUGCUAUACCACUGGAGCAUCGACCGAGUCCAUCAGCCGUCUUAUUCAGCGGGGGAUCUUCUCUCUCGGAUAUUACAAACGACAGCGAAGAUUCUUCGGAUACACUUGAGCACCAUCGCGACUUUGCUCGGAUCUCCGACGCCAAGUCCUCGUUUGGGGCCUCUUCAGUCGAGUCAAGAACAGCGAUGCAACCCAGAAAGCGCGGUCGGCCGCGUGUGCACCCGUUACGUGACGAUGCUGAGAAGUCUAGCAAAAGGAAAAAGCAGGGCGAGAGACGACUGCGCGUCAUGGGUCUCAUUGAUGAGUUUCAAAGCAUCCAUCGUUUGGAGGUCCUUCGGCGCCUGAAGCGAGCCCAGAAGCUAUCGCUGCUGAAUAUCGAUGCUAUCGUAUCGAAGAGUGUCCGUGAGGAAAGCCAAUUGCAGGCUAUGCCGUGGGUCGAAUCGUUCAGCGCCGUUGAUGGGAAAAUAGUGCCCCCGCCGGCGAUUGAUCCUCACAAAGUUGUAACGCGAAUCAGACACCAGUCUAUUUAUGGCCAAAGCCAUACCCCCUACCAUCGAUCGUUCAUGUCACGACUGCUAGGCAGCGCUGGCGGCCGAGACACUUGGUCGACACAACAAUCGUGGACGAGCUCCUAUACAGGCAAAGCGCUAAAGCCUUUUAUCUGGAGAGACUUUUCGUCUCGGCCAGCAACCAUGCUUUUGUUCCACGAAAUUCUUUCGAAGAGAAGCAGCUAUCAGGGGGAAAUUUGGAAAUGUGUCGAGAAAGACAGCAUCGACUAUGUGUACUUUUCCAGAGAGCACCUGGUGCAGGUCAACAGCAUUUUAUCGGUAAUAUUCUGGCCUGGGAUUGAUGUCUCGGAAAAUCUAACUUGGCCAGACUUUGGUGUGGUUGCCCUCUACAAGCGUCUCGUCGUUGGCUGUGCGCUCAUGACUCCCGAGUUUUACUUGACGUACAUUGCUGUCCGGCCUGGCUGGGAGCAUGCCCGGAAUUGGCAGGUUGGUCUCAGGUCGAAAUACAGCACAUCAGGAUGGGCGCCUUUCGGAUUCAAGCCCGAGGAGUUCAUUGUCAACUUCUACGACCAAUACCUGCCGCCGGAUUCGCGCGAAUGCAAGAACGCGUUCUUUCUGCGCCUGCGCCGCUGAUUGGACGGCGGGCCGGACUGCAGCCGCUGCGCAUGCGCAGACAGAUCCACAGAACCCCGCCAUGGCACAGAACCUCGUCGGUGGCAGAAAAACGAGCCGGUCCUUGGGUCUGGGUG